AUGGCCCGCACCAAGCAGACCGCCCGCAAGUCCACGGGAGGGAAAGCCCCUCGCAAGCAGCUGGCCACCAAGGCCGCCCGCAAGUCCGCCCCUGCGUCAGGAGGCGUCAAGAAGCCCCACCGUUACCGCCCCGGCACGGUGGCCCUUCGGGAGAUCCGUCGCUACCAGAAGUCCACGGAGCUGCUCAUCCGCAAGCUGCCGUUCCAGCGCCUCGUCAGGGAGAUCGCGCAGGACUUCAAGACGGACCUGCGGUUCCAGAGCGCGGCCAUCGGGGCGCUGCAGGAGGCCUCCGAGGCUUACCUGGUGGGCCUGUUCGAAGACACCAACCUGUGCGCCAUCCACGCCAAGAGGGUCACCAUCAUGCCCAAGGACAUCCAGCUGGCAAGACGCAUUCGGGGAGAGAGGGCCUAG